AUGCACGACUUUCGCGACGACAACGCGGACGGACACUGUCACCACGUCCACUCCGGUCGUGUCGACAUCCAUCUCGGUGACAACGGGCGAGAGCUCGACUUCCGUGUACGAGACGACGACUUGUCAGGGGGAUGCGUGCUCGGUUUUGACGCAGACUACUGGGCCGAGUCUACUACGACUGCACUCUUCACCACCUACGAAGAGCUCACCUCGACCUCCUUCGAGACCCUAUACGGUAGCAGCUGCACCGAAUCCGACACCUCGACCACGUCCACAACCUCUGAUACAUCUACCACCUCUACUUCCUCCACCACCUCUACUUCCACAUUUUCUACCUUUACCUUCACCUCCACCUUCAUCACCUCCUCUAUCGUCACUCGCACAUCUAGCCGCGUCACUUCUUCCGGUGGAGCCAUCGUCACCGUCCCAGUCACCCUCACCUCCGUCGAAAGCAGCACAGCGACUGCUAUUUCUGCCGCCGCGGACCCCGAGAAGUCGAGCAAUGCGGCGGUCAUCGGCGGCGCGGUAGGCGGAGGGCUCGGUGCGAUCUUGCUCUUGCUAUUCUUGAUCUUCUACAUAAGGCGAAGGCGUCGCCGCCAUCUGUGGGACGACGUCUUCAACGAAGACGAUCUGAGCAAGUCACCGCAGCAGCUAUUCAAGACGCCAGUCGGGCCAGGCGAUGGCGCGCAUCUGCCCGUCGUCGCAGCGGACGACGAGCCGAAGUGGGUGGGCGGCGCCCCUGUGCGGUCGCCGACGAUGCCACGGGGUUCCGUGUCCUACCCCUCCCAGGCUCCCACCUCGCAUCCCGCGCAGCCCUUGUCACCGUCCGCGACGUCGUACACAUCUGCGUCGACCUCGCAGCCGACCUCGCCGAUGUCGUUCCCGUCGCCGUCCAUGUCUCCGCCUGCGACUUCGUACAACGAGAAGAGCAAGUCGCCCCCGCUGCCGCCAAGAUCCCCGCUUAGGUCGCCGCGUGCCAGUGGUAUCGACUACAAUUCGGCGGGUCCCUCGUACAACCAGGCUGGACCCCCGCAUACUCAAGCUGGUCCUUCUUCGCCGCCUGCACCACAAGCUGGUCCUUCUCAGGCUGCCAGUGAUCCGUCAGCGCUCACUUCCCGGGCCCAGGAGGAAACAGUUGAGUACUCUCGCGACCGCAAGACGCCUUUGGUCCAUCUCGACGGCUCGCGCUUCCAGGAUCAGGAGCCGGGCGACCAGCCGCCGCCAGCGUACGAGCAGUGA